GACUGUGACUGUGCUGACAAACGUCUUCAUCUUCAGGUCUGUGAGGAUCCAAGUACAAAGUCCUCAGAUCCAUGGAGCGUCUCAGAGCCAUGUCCCUCUGUCCUCUGCUGCUCGUCUCCAUUCUAACAGGUGUGAGCGGUGAUGUCCUCUCUCCUCUCAGCCUGGAGCAGUCUGUCUCAGAAGGCUUCAUGGUGUCUGUGUCCUAUCAAACCUCAGCACCUACAGCAUCAGGAGAUGAUUUCUUCUUUUAUCGUCAGAAUCCUGGAGAUGCUCCUCAGUUCCUCUUCUAUGUCUCUGGAAUGAACAUUUCGAGGCCGGCCGCGUCUGUCCAGUCAGACACACGACUCUCGGGUAAAGUCUCGGACAACAGACAGUGUAAAGGAGAAGACACAGUGACCCAGACACAAGGAGACGCCUCUGUCCCUCAGGGACACACAGCCACAAUACAGUGCACUUUUAAAACCAGCGAUCCAACUCCAACUCUGUUCUGGUACAAGCAAGAAGGACGAGGAGCUCCGAAAUACAUGAUAAAGAAAACUAAAUCAUCAGUAACCUGGUCUAAGACAAUCAAAUCUCAAGAGUUUAAUGAAGAGCGAUUUGAAGUUGAGGCGGUGAAGGACUCUUUCUCUCUGAAGAUCCAGGAUGUGGAUGUGACAGACUCUGCUGUGUACUACUGUGCUCUGCAGCCCACAAGGGAGACACUCUCUGUGAAGCUUCAGACUAAACACAGACGCAGCAAAGCCAACUGUCAGUGUGAGAAUCUAAGCAGACUUCAGAAAGUUCACAUGAGGAUCACUCAGCUGUGUUUUGGACACAUGUUUCCUUUAAUGGCAGCACUGCUCCUGCUUUUGUUGAGUGGAGUCAGAUGUGAAGAGCUCACUGCUCUAAAGCCUGAGGUCUGUGCUCCAGAAGGCUCCUCUGUCUCUCUGGGAUACUUUUAUCACCAAGAACCAACAAUCAGUGAUUAUUUCUUCUGGUACCAACAAUAUCCAGGAAAAUCUCCAGACUUCCUGAUUUCACAUUAUGGAAAUGGAAUUUCAAUAAUAGAGAAUGUAAAAGGACUAAAGUUUGAAGUGAAAAGUCAAAACGUCUCUCUGCUCCUGUCCUCUGCUGCAGUGGGAGACUCUGCUGUGUACUACUGUGCUGUGAAGCCCACAGUGACAGGAAACACACAGACUCUGAACAAAAACCUCUGA